AAAAAACAACAUAUCUGCCACACGAGGCUAGCAGAAGGCCCCGAGGAAGGAAGGCACAGUGACCGCCACGUGCCUUGCUACGUAGCUGCAACUGUUCCCGUGGCACGAGCAGCAGUAUGGGUGAAAUACGCCCCCCACUUACCAAGCUGGUUCUGAACAACUUCGUGGUGCAGAAGCGUCCUGUGGUGCGGCAAGCCAAGACACACACCAUCAAUAGCUUAGUGCACAGCGCCCGGCGGCUGAGGCAGAAGAUGGAAAAAGAUGAGGAACGGCGUGACAAGCUGGAGGCCAAGGCUGAUAGGCUGGUGAAGGAGGUGCUCUUCCUCAAGACUGUGCCGCCAGAUGAAAUGAUGAAGUUUGCUCUGCUCAACAACAAAUCAUUUGCAGCCGUUGGAAGCAAUCCCAAGGCAAAGAUAGAGGAGAGAGCACUGUGUCGUGCUGUGGAGCACAAGGCCAUAAAAGAUGCAAUUGCUGGCCUUCAGGAUGCUCAUGCUGACUGGAGCCAAGACCUACCCCAUCUUAUCAAGGGUCUGGGGAUCCGUCACCGAGAGAAAAAGCUCCAGCGGCUUAAAAGGCAAGGCAAACUGGACACCUAUCUGAAGAAGGAACGCAGGAACAUGAGACUCCUACAGGAACUAACAGGCAUUGACCUGAAAGUAAAUGAUGAUUCAGGUGCAACAAAUGACAAAGAAAAGAAGAGCUGUGGCAGUAGUAAGAGUAGGAAGAGGAAGAGAGAACAGAACUUAGAUGGAGAGACCUUGAAAGUUGUGAAAAAGAAGAACAAGAUAGCAGAGGGAGUGAAAAGGCAGAGUGUUGAUGAUGGUGUUAAUGGUGAGGAUAGUGAGGGUGAGGAUGAUGAUGAUGAUGGUGCCUCCUUGACAGAGAAAAUGGGAGUAGAUGAACAAACAGAAAACAACGAGGAUGAUGGGAUGGAAAGUGACAAUGAGAGUGAAGACUUGAGCAGUGAAAACAACAACAAUGAUGCCACUGAUGAAAAUGAAGAAUUAGAUGAAGAAUAUGAUGAUGACAGCGACAAAAGUGAUUCGGAUGAUGACAGCGACAAAAGUGAUUUGGAUGAUGACAGCCAGGGACCCCUCACAGUCUCCAAUGGAAGUGAGCCACCCAUGAAAAUGAUGGAGGAAGGGAGACUGAAUGAAAAAUCGCCCCUUGGAAAAAUGAAAAUGAAAGGGAAAAAUGAGAAAAAGACAGGAAAGAAAACAUUAGAUAGGGAAGAGAGUCAGUCUGUCCAACCAGUGAUUGCUAAUACAAUCAAGAAGGCUGAAGUGAAGCAGCUUUGUCUGAAGAAUAUGAAUACUUGUGGGAAAGAUGAAGAGCUAAGUGAGACUGAAGAAAAUGGAAUUAUAGACAUGAAUGAUGAUGAUGAUAAUGAUGAUGAGGAGGAGGAGGAGGACUUCUUUGAGGGGGGAGUAAAAAAGAAAACAAAGAGCAGUUUUUUCCUUAGCAGUACAAAAGAUCAUCAUGAGGAGGACAGUGAUGAUGAUGAUGAUGAUGAUGAUGAUGAUGAUGAUGAUGAUGAUGAUGAUGAUCCAGUUGAUACUAGUAAAUACUUCAAGAGGAAUCUGUAUAGGGAAGGAAGAGGAGAAAGAAGUGGUAUGAAAAAGGAAGAAAGGUUUGGAGGAAAAACAUGGGAGGAAGAUGAUGGAGAAAGAAAUGGAUUUAAUGAAAGAAGAGGCAGAGGUGGUUUCAGUGACAGAAGAGGAGGCAGAGGUGGUUUUGGUGACAAAAGAGGAGGAAGAGGAAGAGGAAGAGAAGAAUCUGGUGACAGAAGAGGAGGCAGAGGUGGUUUCAGUGACAGAAGAGGAGGCAGAGGUGGUUUCAGUGACAGAAGAGGAGGCAGAGGUAGUUUUGGUGACAAGAGAGGAGGAAGAGGAAGAGGAAGAGAAGAAUCUGGUGACAGAAGAGGAGGCAGAGGUGGUUUCAAUAUCAGAGGAGGAGGCAGAGGUAGUUUUGGUGACAGAAGAGGAGGAAGAGAAGAAUCUGGUGACAGAGGAGGAGGCAGAGGUGGUUACAGUGACAGAAGAGGAGGAAGAGGUGGUUUUGGUGACAAAAGAGGAGGAAGAGGAAGAGAAGAAUCUGGUGACAGAAGAGGAAGAGGUAACUUCAGUGAUAGAAGAGGAGGAAGAGGAAUAGGAGAAUCUGGUGACAGAAGAGGAAGAGGAAGAGGAGAAUCUGGUGACAGAAGUGGAAUAAGAGGUGGUAGUUUCAGCAACAGAAGAGGAGGAAGAGGAAGAGGACAGUCUAGAGACAGAAUGGGAGGAAGAGGAGGAAGGGGAAGAUUUAGACGAGGAGGAGGCUUUGGUCAGAUGAGCUCAGACAACCCUAACUUGAUACCUCUGACCUCUCCCAGCACAGGGACUUCUCCAUCAUUCUCAGCCCCCACCAGCCAACCCAAGACAUCACUGCUGCACCCUUCCUGGAUGGCCAAGAAGAAAGAGAAGCACCAGUCUUCAUCCCUUGGUGCUUUCCAGGGCAAGCGGGUGGUGUUUGACUAGCCUGCUACACACUCCUCUCCUUGUUGACUGGCGUCAUGUGUGGAGCUUUUAAUAAACAUUGUGUUGGC